UUCACCUGAUGGUCCUGGAGGACUUUUCUUCUUCACAAGACUUGUUGACGCACAGCCCACUAACCCCUGGACGUUGACAGCACCCUUUCCAGACCCUCAUCGCGUUUAUAGUUCUCUCUCUCGUUUCUGAGUGAAAACUACAAAAAUAAGUGAGAAACACCUCGCCACUUGCGCACCGAACAUCUCUCUUUAGUCUGCGUGAUCAAAAGCCACCGGGAAGGAAUAAAAAGGAAGCGAGAGAGACAGGAAGCGAGAGGCACAUGUUGUGACGGGAGGAGGAAACCUGUGUUUUGAUGUUUGGGAUCCAGGAGAACAUCCAGAGGAGCGGGAGUGUUAUGAAAGAAGAGCCCUUGUUGACCGGGAUGAACGCCGUGCGGAGCUGGAUGCAUGGCGCCGGGCUGCUGGACGCAAACACAGCCGCCCAGAGCGGAGUGGCUCUAGCCCGGGCACAUUUCGAGAAACAACCGCCCUCCAACCUUCGUAAGUCCAACUUCUUCCACUUCGUGCUGGCUCUGUACGACAGACAAGGGCAGCCGGUGGAGAUAGAGAGAACCAGCUUCGUUGGAUUUGUUGAAAAGGAAAAGGAAACGUCAGGGGAAAAGACCAACAAUGGGAUACAGUACAGGCUACUGCUCCUAUACAGCAAUGGUAUCAGGACAGAACAGGACUUUUACGUGCGCCUCAUCGAUUCCAUGACCAAACAGGCGAUCACCUAUGAGGGACAGGAUAAGAACCCUGAAAUGUGUCGGGUUUUAAUGACUCAUGAGAUCAUGUGCAGUCGGUGUUGUGAUAAGAAAAGUUGUGGCAACAGAAACGAGACACCCUCUGACCCCGUCAUCAUUGACAGGUUCUUCCUCAAGUUCUUCCUGAAGUGCAACCAGAACUGUCUGAAGAACGCAGGGAACCCACGAGACAUGAGGCGCUUUCAGGUGGUCGUGUCUACCACUGUGAGUGUGGACGGUCAUGUCCUCUCUGUCUCUGACAACAUCUUUGUCCACAACAACUCUAAACACGGUCGCCGGGCCAGGAGAUUAGACCCCUCAGAAGGAACACCCUUGUACCUGGAGCAUGCCACCCCCUGUAUCAAGGCAAUCAGCCCCAGUGAGGGCUGGACUACAGGCGGGGCCACAGUCAUUAUCAUAGGAGAAAACUUCUUUGAUGGACUCCAGGUCAUAUUUGGUACCAUGCUAGUCUGGAGUGAGCUGAUCACAGCCCACGCCAUCCGGGUGCAGACUCCCCCCAGACACAUCCCCGGGGUCGUAGAGGUCACGCUGUCAUACAAGUCGAAACAGUUCUGCAAGGGCACACCUGGAUGCUACAUAUACACAGCGUUGAAUGAGCCCACUAUAGAUUACGGCUUCCAGAGAUUACAGAAAGUCAUCCCCAGACAUCCAGGAGACCAGGAGAGACUGCCUAAGGAAGUCAUUCUAAAGAGAGCGGCAGACUUGGUAGAAGCGCUCUACGGGAUGCCACACAAUAACCAGGAGAUGAUUUUGAAGCGGGCAGCUGACAUGGCAGAGGUGUUGUAUACGACGGUGCCACGCGGCCACAACCAACUGUUAGGCAGCGGCUCCGUCCACGCCAGCAUGAUGGCCGUCAACUCCUUCCCCGGGUCAGAGGUCACACAGACAGCCAAUCAGGGUUACAGUAGGAGUAGCAGCAGUGCAUCUCCUCAUGGUUAUGUCCCCAGCACCACUCCACAGCAGACCAGCUACAGCUCUGUUUCCACUAGCAUGAACGGCUACACUGACUCUGGCAUGACCACGCUAGGAACCUCACCCAACUUCCUCAACGGGUCAGCCACCAACUCACCCUAUGCUAUUGUUCCCUCCAGUCCCAUCAUGGCCUCCACCACCAAUCUUCCCUCUAAUUGCAGUAGUUCUUCGGGCAUCUUCUCCUUCUCUCCGGCCAACAUGGUGUCUGCUGUGGUCAAACAGAAGAGCGCCUUCGCCCCCGUCGUACGGCCGCAGACCUCCCCUCCACUCACCUGCACCAGCACUAUUGCUAACGGCCUGCAAGUAGAUCAGUCUUUUGUGGACUCCCCCUCCAGCACUCUUCAGGGUCUGGCCUUCUCCUGAAUGAUUCCCGGGAUGAUUGAUCCAUCCAUGUAGAUCUGUCAACGUUGAGGAUUUGGGAAUGUUGACGGGGAGAGAACAUGUCUGACGUGUCCCUGUGUCACACUCCAACCCUCUGGACCUGAACAGAACACUCAACUCUAAAUUGUUAAACUCAGGCCUUUCUAGAAGGAAUCUCAUUGGAAGGAAGAAGGAGGAAGAAAACAACAAACAUAACAUUCAUUGAUGUCAUUUCCUUCCUGGUGAAUUUGUGAACCUUCUCAGACACACCUUGGAGUCGAAUAAUAUGCUUAUUUAAAUUGAAAUUAAUCGAACUGAAUUGAAUCAAACUGAAUUGAAUGUAAUUUAAUUGAGGAAGGACUGUAAGAUGUCUCAUGACCGUGUCCACAUCACAAUUGAGUGACAAAAUUACUGACCUCAUGACAAAAGCAUUUAUUUGUAUGCGUAUUUAUUGGUAUAAUGUUUAAGUUAUAUUGUUUAAGAUCUAUUGUAUGCCUUCCUACAGACUGUAACACAUACAAACAGCACUGAAGCUGAUUGGCUAUAAGGGUUUGUGUGAGUAGAUAGCUCUGACAUGACUGGAUAGGAGUUAACAUGGGUUGUAACUAAGCUGUCUUGUAUCAGUUUACAUUUAGUAACUGUAAACAAACACUGUAUAGCCUCGAAAACACAGUUCAAAUGAUAAUGUCCAUAUCAUGGAUGCAUCCAUAGUCAUGUAUUUGAGAGUGGUUCCAUUUCCCCAUCUCUCAGCUUUUUACUGAAACAGUGGCAGGGACCAUACUAUGUUGUUGUUUCAACUGGAUUGUCCUUUUAAAGGACUCAAACACACUGAGCUGAAAGAUAACCUCUACAAUUUUGAACAAAGAUAUUUGCUGCUAACUUAUCACAGAAAUAUAAUACGAGAUGUGCAAUUCCCUUUUCAUUUCAAUCAGAAAACACAUUUGAUGAAAUAUCAGAUUAGAAUGACAAUUGAUGUAACAUAUUUGUGUCUAUAAAUAUAAGAAUGAUGGGUUUAUUAUUUGAUUUAUUUGACUUUGUUUUACCAAAGUUCUACUUCUAAAUAUAAUAUAAACAUUCAUAUGUCUUAAGGCAGCUCUCGACACAGAUGGUCAUUUCACUGUCAAGCUCUCAUCAGCUAUACUUUGCAAAAAUGAGAAUCACGGAUUUGGAGACAAAACAGGGAUUUCUGUAUAAAGUUCUCAUUGAAAUAAUGUAUUUCUCUUUUGGAUGUGUACAUUUUGCAUUGCUUCUUGACCUUAAUUCUAGCUUGUUCUGUGUUAGUUUAUAAGUGUCACAGAGUUAUGUUUUGUCACCCACUAUGUAAAUGUGAUCUCACAGGUUUUAUUUUGUAUCUGUAUUGGUGCUGUAUUGUCGAGACAUGUUUCCAUUUGUUAUUUCCCAUCCCAAAAUGUUAUCUAUUCUUUAUUUUAUUUUGUAGGUUAAUAAAAGUAUAGUUUUUCCUGA